AUGGGCACCCUCGUCGGGCACGUCGCGCCAGGCGCCGGCUUCCUCCUUAUCGGCCUGUGGCAGUUGUUCAGCCACAUCCGACUCUUCUUGCUGCGGCCGGGCUCCUACGCGGCGCCGCUGGUCAUCGGUCCGGAGAAGCACCAGCCAUUCGACGACGACGGCACCAUCCCGCCCAACCACCUCCACAACUUCGAGCACGCGUCCAUCUCGCUGGCGCUGCUCCUCUUCGCCGCGGUCACCAUCCACAUGUACCGGGUCUGGGCGCCCAUGCGUGAGGCGGUGUCGCAGCUCGUGGCCGCCGCGGCGUUCGCGCAGCAGCUGCUCAUCUUCCACCUCCACUCGGCGGACCACAUGGGCGUGGAAGCUCAGUACCACUGGCUGCUGCAGACGGUCAUCGCCGUCACGCUCGCCACCACGCUGCUCGGGAUCCCCUACCCGCGGAGCUUCGUGGGCUGCUUCCUCAACUACGAAGAAGGACACGAAGUUGUCCGGUGCCGCACUGACGAGGCGCUCUACCGCGCCAAGUCGCUCGUCAACCUGCAGUUAGUUCAGCUGGUACCUCACCGGCACAGUGGUACUCGUCGUCGUGCUCUACCUCCAGUUGGCCAGGCUCUACCCCGAGGAGCCACGCUGCGUGCCGCUGGUGAGGGGAAACAGCGGUGGGGUUGGUGUCAACAGCGAUGGCGGGUUCAGAUUGGGGAGGAUGAACACGACGGCGAGGACGACCUUGAGGCCGUGAAACGUGCCUCCGGGCACCAGAUAGGUGGAGCAAAGGCCAUGGAGGUCGAGAGGUGA